AUGUCAGAUUGUAUCCGGUCAAAGGCAGGAUGGAAUUACAACGGGAAAGUUCACCAAACAAAGAGUGGACGCCUAUGUCAGAGAUGGGACAAACAGAGUCCUCAUACCCAUUCCUAUCACAAUCUCUCGGACCAACACAACUUCUGUAGAAAUAGACAUUUAGAUGGCGAGGAGAAGGAAGGUCCUUGGUGUUUUACAAUGGAUUCUGACAAGAGAUGGGAAUCGUGUGGUCUCCCUCCAUGCUAUGAUUUUUCCCAGAACUGCAAGACAACACAAAACGGAGCGGAUUAUUAUGGGUCAACCUAUAUGACCAAAUCUGGAGAUCUGUGCAGGUAUUGGUCGGAUACAUCUUAUCGAAAUCACGCUUACACAUUUCUUGGGGAUCAUUUUAACUUUUGCCGGAACCCGUUUGGAGAAGAGGAAGCUCCAUGGUGUUAUUCAGGGACAAGCUGGGACUACUGCAAUAUUUCCAUGUGUUAAUAGACACCAUUUUAAGAACUGACAAAUUGUGAAUUUAUGGAAUGCUGGAGGGUAAAGAUCAUGAGCACAAAUAUUGAAAAAGAGCCACUAUGUACCAGUACAUUCUACAUUAUUACCAAAAAGGAGAAAAUGUCAUUAAUUAAAGAAAUUCAAGCAUACAUGAUCUUCAAAAUACUUCAUAUAUGUUAUUCUUUCUUCUAAAAAAAUAUACUAGUAAUAAGAUGCAGUUGCAAAGUUCAGGAAAAGUGGGACUGCAUGCUUCCACACCUCCAUAGUCAUCAGAGUUAUAGUUUUAAGUGUACAUAUACAGUUCAAAUCACCAAAUUAGAAAAUCCGAAUAAUGGUGCAAU